AUGAGCGGGCAGCCUCCCCCUGGGGCACCAGCUGCCAACUAUGCCGCGCCGCCUGCAACAUCCCCAGCCGGCCCUGCUCCUGCAACAACAGGUGCUGCAGGAACGACUGGAAGCGCCAUGUCGAACCAGAAUCUGAAUCAGAUUGUCACCGAUUACCUCCUGAAAAGAGGUUUCAAUCGCACAGAAGAGAUCUUCCGCCAGGAGUCUAAACACUUAGGGCCAGAUGGGAAGCCCAUCCAGCAGCUGGCCAAUAUUGGCCCCAAGAAGUAUCAAAAGGCAUUCAAGCUUUUGAAAGAGUGGGUAGACAACAACUUAGAGCUGUACAAAUUUGAGCUAUCGAAGCUUCUCUGGCCAAUGUUUGUCUAUUCAUUUCUCGAACUUGCAGGGCAUGGUUACGCAGAGGAUGCCAAAGCAUUUCUUAAAGAAUUGAGCACAUACUUCCAAGCUGUGCACGCUGAUGACCUGAAAACAUUCUCAACGAUUUCCUUACCACAGCAUGUCGCUGAGAAUCCUACCGCAAAAUUAUACAAAGAAAACAAAUACCGAAUACCACUAAACCAACACGCCACCGGUGAUUUAUUUAACUUUUUGGAGCGAGAAUCCGAGCAGGGGGGAUCUGUCAUUCGCCAGCUGCUUGUCACCUAUUGCCAAAUUGAUUCAACCGCCCGUGGCCCCAUUACCCCUUUCAGCUUCGAGGCUGUCUUCCGACGUUCCAAGAAUGCCGAUAUUGAAGAAGUUGACGCCAAAGAAGGUAUUCCAGGUGUCAAUAUCGGGCUGUCUAACAAAGAUAUCCUAGACCCUGCUCAACCCCUCAAAUUGGGCCCUUUGCCAAUGGACCCCGAUCUGCGGGACGACGUACGCGCCGAACUUGAGGACGAGGAAAAGCGAAAUCCGCCUGUAGAAGGCACGAGUAGCAUGCUGGAAGACUUUGACCAGAAGAUUAAGCGCGAGGAAGAUGCAGAUGCCCCUAGCAGGGCCGACUUACCCUUACCGCCGUCUCGACCGCGAGACAUUAUGCUCGAAAUGCAGAGGGUGCGGGAAAAUCGUGAUCGCUUCAAGAUCGAUGGCCGAACUGGUGGCGUUGGAACAUCCGUCAGCGCAUGCAUGUUUACAUUUCACAAUACGUUUGGGACCGUAUCAUGCAUGGACUUCUCCGAUGAUGGCCAGCUAGUCGCUGCUGGCACCAGCGAGUCUUAUAUUCGAGUCUGGUCACUCGAUGGCAAGGGUCUUCCGACUAUGAACGCACACGAAAAGGACGCCAAAUUUAACAGUCGCAAGCUGAUUGGGCAUGCGGCAUCAGUUUACGACGUUUCUUUUUCAGAAUCAGCAUCCGGUCCAGCUCAGAAGCUGUUUGGCGAUGACGGCCGGCACAAUCCUGCAAUGGACGGCAGACCCAAACUUCUUCUGUCUUGCUCAGCUGAUGGCCAUGUGCGAUUGUGGUCGUUGGAGUCUUGGACAUGUCUCUGUCUCUACAAGUCUCAUGAUGGUCCUAUAUAUCGUACGCUUUGGGGACCGCACGGACAUUAUUUUAUCAGCGGCGGUUACGACAAGGCGCUACGUGUGUGGAUGCAAGACCAUGCUUCACCACAGCGGCUCUUGGUAGGACAUGACACUGCUAUAUCUGCCAUUUGCUGGCAUCCCAAUGGCAUGUAUGUCUUUUCCGCGUCUGAUGAGACAGACAAGUCUAUUCGAAUGUGGUCUGUGGUGACUGGAGCUUGUGUUCGAGUCUUUGCUGGCCAUGCCGAUUACAUUACAGCCCUUGAGUGCGCUCCAAAUGGCAAGAUUCUAGCCAGCGCCGAUCUAGCUGGUAAUAUCUUCUUCUGGGACCUUAGCAAGGGCACUCGUAUCAAGCGUUCACGCGGUCAUGGCCGGGGUGGCAUUUGGUCUCUGAGCUUUAGCGUGGAGUCAAACGUCUUAGCCUCAGGUGGACAAGACGGAACAGUAAGACUCUGGGAUGUUGAAGAGCCUGUUGACCCCCAAAAGGCUGCUGCUCAAGCCGGCCUGGAAGCCGCUGCAGCUUCCGCGGCUGGCGAUGGUGCAACCACAGCCGGAGUGGCUGCAGAUGCUUCUCGCGCCAGUGCUUCCGCUCCUGGGCAGUCUGCCGCUGCCCCAACGUCCACAGGGACUCAAAAGAAGAAGGGCAAGGAGGUCAUGGUGACGCAUGAUCAAAUCAGUGCCUUCCCAACAAAGAAGACGCCAGUCAUGAGAGUUAAAUUCACACGAAUGAACCUCGUUAUGGUCGGCGGUUGCUACGAUCCCGAGCGAUAG